UCAAAUUUUAAUUUGACAAUUCACAAAAUAUGAAGUAAACAUAUUCGUCACAAAAUAUUGUUAAUUAUCAUAAGUAUUCAGUCAUGAAUAUCCAAAGAUUGAUGAUAUUGAAAUAUAAACAACGUUAUCUAACGCACAAAGUUGUUUUUGCAACACACACUAGCACAUGUCCGGAAUAUAAGAAGCAAUCAAACAAACCUGGUUUACUCAAACGCGCGGAGAAAUCUGGUAAAGUACGUCUUGGAUUCAUACCUGAUGAAUUUUUUGUCUUCUUCAAACCAAUAACCGGCGUCACUGGACCAUACCUUUUUGGCAUAAUGCUUAUAAACUAUUUGGUCAGUAAAGAAAUAUAUGUAAUGGAGCAUGAAUAUUACGUUGGUCUAUCGGUAUUCGUUAUUGUGUACUAUGGUACUAAAAAUUUUGGUACUGUAGUGGGCGAAACUUUGGACAAAGAAGUAGAUAAUGUAGAAAAAAAUUAUAAUGCAGUUAGAAAUAAAGAAGUACAACAUUAUGAAAACAUUAUCAAGGAAGCUGAAGACUCUAAAUGGAGAGCACAUGGUCAAAAAUUGCUCAUUCAAGCAAAAAAAGAAAAUGUCUCAAUGCAAUUGGAAGCAAUUUAUAGAGAAAGGUUAAUGCGUGUUUAUAACAGUGUCAAGAGACGAUUGGACUAUCAUGUUAAGUUAAGAAGAAUACAAAAUCAUAUUCAUCAGAAAUGGAUAACUACUUGGGUUUUAGACAACGUUUUAAAAUCAAUAACACCUGAAUUCGACAAGAAACUUAUAGAUCAGGCUAUUAGUGACCUAGCCAAAUUAUCUCCUGCAGGAAAUAAAAAAUAGAAAUAGAAAAAAUAGUUCCGUCUGAUUUUAAUUUGAUUAAGUUUUAUGCGACUAUUGUAUUAUUGUGUUUAAUUUUGCAUGAAAUUGAUUUCAAACAUAAAUCACUACUUUACUUGUCAAAACACAGUGAAGAAGCCUUUAUGUAUCCUACGGCGGAGAUUUUAUUAGGUUUAUUUUUAUUUUUAUUAAAUGUAGUGAAAUGUCAA